CUAUUUUACAUAUACAAAUAUUUUGUGUUAAGUGUGAGAAAGAGAGAGAGAAACUGCCUACUGCUUUUUGUGUCAAGUGUGUGAGAGAGACUGAGAGGGAGAAGAAAGGAUGCAGUCCACUGACAAUGAGAUCCAUCAACCCAUGUUACAAACCAAAAAAGCAACACCAGAGCCAGUGAGUUCCGCACUAGAAGACGUCCUCUCCAACACCCACCUUCCCUACUUCCGCCGCCUUCAAUCCGCCACAUGGCUCGAACUGAACACCCUCUUCCGACUAGCAGCCCCUGCGGUCGUGGUUUACUUGCUCAACAACGUGACCUCAAUGUCCACUCAAAUCUUUUGCGGCCAUCUCGGCAAUCUUGAGCUUGCUGCGGCCUCUCUCGGUAACAAUGGCAUCCAAAUAUUCGCCUACGGCCUCAUGCUUGGAAUGGGAAGCGCUGUGGAGACACUGUGCGGCCAGGCUUAUGGUGCUCACAAGUACGAAAUGCUAGGUGUAUAUCUCCAGCGAUCAACGAUCCUCCUCAUGUCGACUGGGGUCCUAGUUAUGUUUAUCUACAUCUUCAGCAAGCCCCUGUUGCUCUUGCUAGGUGAAUCAACAAGCAUAGCAUCCGCAGCUGCAGUGUUUGUCUAUGGCCUCAUCCCACAAAUAUUUGCCUACGCUGCCAAUUUUCCCAUCCAAAAGUUCCUCCAAUCCCAGAGUAUAGUGGCUCCUAGCUCGUACAUCUCUGCGGCCACGCUUUUAGUACACCUAUUAUUGAGUUGGCUCGUUAUUUACAAACUGGGUUGGGGAUUGUUGGGCGCAUCACUGAUGUUAAGCUUUUCAUGGUGGAUCAUAGUGGUGGCACAGUUCGUGUACAUCUUGACGAGUGAGAGGUGCAAAUACACAUGGUCUGGAUUCAGCAUGCAGGCUUUCUCUGGGCUCUGGGAAUUCUUGAAAUUGUCUACAGCAUCAGCAGUCAUGCUUUGCCUGGAGACUUGGUACUAUCAGAUACUAGUGUUGAUUGCUGGGUUGCUAAAAAAUGCUGAGAUUGCGUUGGACGCUCUCUCCAUCUGCAUGGCGAUAUCUGGAUGGGUUUACAUGAUCUCAGUGGGUUUCAAUGCGGCUGCGAGUGUGAGGGUGAGCAAUGAGCUAGGGGCCGGACAUCCGAAAUCAGCAGCUUUUUCUGUGUUGAUAGUAACUCUAAGCUCUUCCGUCGUAGCUGUGAUCUGCGCCACCAUAGUGCUCGUGUUUCGGCACGUGAUAAGCUAUAUUUUCACCAGUGGUACUACUGUAGCUGAUGCAGUCGCAGAACUCUCCCCCUACCUUGCCGUCUCCAUCGUACUCAACGGAAUCCAACCCGUUCUGUCCGGGGUGGCUGUCGGUUGUGGAUGGCAAGCAUUUGUUGCGUACGUGAACGUAGGAUGUUACUACAUUAUUGGUCUCCCGUUGGGUGCAGUUCUUGGCUUCAAAUUCGAUCUAGGAGCUCCGGGAAUAUGGUCUGGGAUGAUAGGAGGCACUUUCAUACAGACUCUCAUCUUAUUGUGGGUCACAUUUCGGACAGAUUGGAAGAAAGAGGUUGAAAAGGCAAAGAAUCGUUUGGACAAGUGGGAAUUAGACCCCAAGGAUUAACCCCCUUUCCAGCCAAAGUGAAUGGUCCCCUUGCGAGAAUGGGAAUUGACUCAGCUAAUACUCCUGUAUGUGAUCUCAUAAGGUUAAUUCACGGCUACCGUGAUUCGGCAAAUAAUCCUUUUCUAUAUAUGGUCUCAGCUGCAUGGUCUUAAUUAGAAAGCCAUCAUUUAAUUAAAUUGGUCCCUCUUUUGCAUUUUCUUCUUUUCUUUUGCCCCCAUGUUCUUGUGUUAUUGUUGUAACAUCUGGAUUGAUUAGUGAUUUAAUGCUAGCUUCUUGGUAUUUCGAUCC